AGAGGAGGUCGGAGCCGAAGUGACUGGCUCUCGUUGCCCCCAUUCCAUCUUCCUCUGUCAGAUUCCUUGCGAACUGUGAUGGCGACAUCCUCGAGGAUUCCCUGAACUCUACGGAAGAGUAGAGGAGUACAAGACGGCUUCUUCUUUCCUUCUCAUGCGUCUUGCUCCCUUCCAUGGCGGUUGCCGCUUCCUCCUCUUCUACAUCGUCUUCUCUUAUCAUCGUUUUCCUAGAUUUGCCUCGUCUCCUCCGCCAGAACCACCCUUCUGCUUCUCACUCUCCUCUGCGCUGCCCUCCUGCUAAGAAUCCGUCAAGAAGCGCAAGGAGGACCAAGCUUCUCGUCCCUGCUGCCGCCUUCAACCCCCUGCUCCCGUCGCUGAGACGGAAACUAAUACCGCCGCCGUCGAGAUCGUUGGCUGAUGACCGAAGUGGCGACGACGGCGCGGCGGUCGUGGAGUAUGUGGCGGAUGGCGUCGACAACGGCUCGAGCCGCGCGGUCGGUAUCGGUGCUCGUCCGGGGUCGCCACGACCGCAGAGGAGUGCGGGCUCUGCGGAUUCGAUCUCGUUGGGCAUCAAAGAGCCUGUCUAUGAGGUGAUCGAAGUAAAAUCAGAUGGGACAAUGUACACGAAAAAGAUCAAUCGGAGACAACUCUUGAAGUCAAGUGGUCUUCGCCCGAGGGAUGUCAGGAGUGUCGACCCAUCAUUAUGGUUGAUGAAUUCAAUGCCUUCUUUGCUGGUAAGGGAGCAGGCUAUAUUGUUGAACCUUGGUACUUUACGAGCGAUUGCUAUGCAUGAAUGUGUUCUUAUAUUUGAUUACAACCGAAAAGGUGGCAAAGCCUUUCUGAAGUCAUUGUUGCCUCGCUUGAAUCCUAGAAACAUGAAUGUAGGUUGUGCCAUGCCUUUUGCACUUGAGGUUGUCGAAGCUGCAUUAUUGUCUCGAAUACAACGAUUGGAGCAGAAAUUAAUGGAGGUUGAACCUCGUGUGGCUUCAUUACUUGAAGUUCUGCCCAAUAGAUUAACAGCUGAUGUGUUGGAGCAGCUUCGUCUUAGUAAACAGACCUUGGUUGAGCUGGGCUCAAAGGCGGGAGCUCUAAAACAGAUGCUGCUUGAUCUUCUUGAGGAUCCCCAUGAAAUUCGCCGCAUUUGUAUAAUGGGUCGCAACUGUACAGUUCAGCGUGGAACCAGUUACAUGGAAUGCUCCGUUCCAUUAGACAAGCAGAUUGCUGAAGAAGAAGAAGAAGAAAUUGAAAUGCUCUUGGAGAAUUAUCUUCAAAGAUGUGAAUCCUGCCAUGGUCAAGCUGAAAGACUUCUUGAUUCUGCAAAAGAAAUGGAAGACUCAAUUGCUGUGAACUUAAGCUCCCGUCGACUAGAGGUUAGUCGAGUGGAGCUACUUCUCCAGGUUGGCGCAUUCUGUGUUUCGGUUGGUGCUUUAGUAGCAGGAAUAUUUGGCAUGAACUUGAAAUCCUACCUUGAGGAGAAAGUGUGUGCAUUUUGGCUGACAACGGCGGGGAUAAUAAUUGGAGCAGUAGCCGCAUUUUUCGUUGUGUAUUCUUACCUGAAGUCUAGAAGAAUAUUUUAGCCGUGGCAAUUUUCGUUGUGUAUUCUUACCCUGAAGUCUAGAAGAAUAUUCUAGCCGUGGCAAUUGAUUACAGGGACAUGAUAGGGAUCACAUUGUUCUUGUAUAGGGUACAUUUGUUCUACAAAUAAAGUUUGUAGAUUUGUAGCA